UAAACAUGUCAACACGUUGUUUAUGCGUUUUAUGAAAUUAAUUUUUAAGUCUUUGUUUAUUUUCGUUGUAGAAACAGUAGUUCUAGUCAAUCGUGCAAAUUUGUAAAUUUAAGCAAUUAACUUAUUAUAUCGAAUGCAAUCUGUACGUAAUUAGUUUAAAACAUGGCAACAAACGAAAGAAAAAUACUAGCUUUAAGAUUUAAUCAGGAUCAAGGAUGUUUUACGGCAUCUAUGGAAAGUGGACUUAGGAUUUACAAUUUGGAACCUUUAGUAGAGAAAUCACAUUAUGAUAUUGAAACAGUUGGAAGUCUCUCAAUAUGCGAGAUGCUUUUUAGAACAAAUAUCAUUGCCAUAGUUUCAGGAGGAUCACGGCCCAAAAUCCCAGACAAUAUCCUUCACAUUUUUGACGAUGUACAGAAAAAAGCCAUAAUGGAAAUUAAAUUUGCUUCAUCGGUCAAUGCAGUUAGAUUAAGAAGGGACAAACUGAUAGUUGCCCUAGUUAAUAAGAUACAUAUUUUUUCAAUUUUCCAUCCAACAAAGGAGUUAUUCUGUGUUGAAACAAGACAGAACCUUAGAGGCCUGUGUGAAGUUAGUCCUUUGACUUCAUCGCAGAAACAAGUUUUAGUCUUUCCUGGCCACAAGUUGGGUAGUGUUCAGUUUGUUGAUCUCUCCAGUACUGUUCAAAGCUACUCAUCUGCUCCAGUUUACAUACAGGCGCAUAAAAGCGAACUUGCCUGUAUAGCAAUCAAUCAGCAAGGGACACGAAUCGCUACGGCUUCUGUACAAGGCACUCUGAUAAGAGUUUGGGAUACUUUUAGCAGAACUCAACUGAUAGAAUUGAGAAGGGGCACAGAUCCUGCAGCUAUACAUUGCAUCAAUUUUAGCAGAGAUUCUGACUUUUUGUGUUCCUCUAGCGAUAAAGGCACAGUACAUAUUUUUGCUAUCAAAGAUACAAAUUUAAAUAAGAGGAUAUCUAGUUUACCACCAACCAUUAGAGGAACUUUAGGAAAAUAUGGGGAUUCUCAGUGGUCUUUGGCCACUUUUACUGUUUCAACAGAAUCUGCUUGUAUAUGUGCCUUCGGCCCAAACAAUUCAAUUUAUGCACUAUGUUUGGAUGGAACUUUUCACAAAUACGCAUUUAGUUCAGAAGGAAUAUGCCAUAUGGAGGCCUAUGAUGUGUUCUUAGAUGUCGACGACGACGAUGUAUUUUAAUUUUUAUUAUAAGCUAAUAAAACUCAGUAUGUUCAAUAUAACAUAAAUAACAA